AUGGCAGACUCCUGCAGGAACCUCACUUACGUGAGGGACUCCGUGGGCCCGGCCACCAGCACCCUGAUGUUUGUGGCGGGCGUGGUGGGCAACGGGCUGGCACUGGGCAUCCUGGGCGCACGGAGGCGCUCCAGCCCGUCGGCCUUUGCCGUGCUGGUCACGGGGCUGGCGGCCACCGACCUCCUGGGCACCUGCUUCCUGAGCCCGGCCGUGUUCACCGCGUAUGCCCGCAAUAGCUCGCUGCUCGGGCUGGCACAGGGCGGCCCGGGACUGUGCCAUGCCUUUGCCUUCGCCAUGACCUUCUUCGGCCUGGCCUCCACACUGCUGCUGUGCGCCAUGGCCGUCGAGCGCUGCCUGGCACUCAGCCACCCCUACGUGUACGCACAGCAGGACGCGCCACGCUGUGCCCGUCGGGCCCUGCCCGCCAUCUACGCCUUCUGUGCCCUCUUCUGCUCUCUGCCCCUGAUGGGGUUUGGCCAGCACCAGCAGUACUGCCCGGGCAGCUGGUGUUUUAUCCGCCUGCGCUCUGCCCAGCCCGCCUUCUCGCUGACCUAUGCCAGCCUGGUGGCCCUGCUGGUAGUUGCCAUCUUCCUGUGCAAUGCUUCGGUCAUCAUCAGCCUCAGCCGUAUGUACCACCAGCAGCGGCGACACCAGGCCGGAGCGCUGCCGGGACCCGGGGCCCGCGACCAGGAGAUGGAUCAUUUGAUCCUGCUGGCCCUCAUGACCGGGGUCAUGGUCGUGUGUUCGCUGCCCCUCACGGGCCCCCCGUGUGUCUUUCCCCCCCAGUCACUCGUGCUUGCUGGCUGCUUCCGCUUCCUCUCCUCAUCUAUUUCCAUGUCUGUUUGCCUCUCACUGUCCAUCCAUCCUGCCUGGGGCUGCUGGAGGCCAGUGGGAAGAGGGGUUUGAGGCUGGGCGAAAAGGGGAGCCCUUCCCCCUCUGACCCCUGCUUUGUGCCCUCAGAUUCGUGGCUUCACCCAAGCCCUCGCCCCCGACAGCAGCGAGAUGGGGGACCUGCUCGCCUUCCGAUUCAAUGCCUUCAACCCCAUCCUGGACCCCUGGGUCUUCAUCCUCUUCCGCAAGGCUGUCUUCCAGCGCCUCCAAAUCUGGGUUUGCCGCCUGCUCCCCGUACCAACAGGGGGAUUCUCACAGACAACUCUCUCCCAACCCACCUCAGGGAGAAAGGAGUCAGGCCCCCCUGCUGCACUUGGGGCCAAGGAGGAGGAGAACUGGGUGUCUUUGCCAGCUGGCGGGGAGGGCCAGGGUCCCCCUUUGCCUCCCCCAGCAAUAUCUAGUGUGGGAAUUCCAACCAAGGUGGGGUCUGCCAGCAUCUGCUCCCUCUGCUGACUAUACCCCCAUUACUGGUGGGACCAGGGUUCCCCCACCCCAAAUUAUAGUUGAGGGUUGCAGGGAGGAGUGCCACACACAGACAUGCACCCC